AUGCAGCACGUCUUCUCUCACCAAAGCCCAUAUCACCAGCCCGACUGGCAGCAUCACGCCCAUGCCGCGCACAGCCAGUAUGCUGCUCAGACCCAGGCAGCGGCAGCGGCGAAUGUCGUCGCCCAACAGCAGCAACACUACGGUCGCACGAUGAACGCUGCGGGGCAGAAUAGAGGAGGCAAUACCGGCGGAUUAAAUGCAGUGAGCAACGGUGGAAGUAAUGGCAUGGGUUCAGCGUCUGGUCCGCUAGGAGGUGGAGUAGGACCUGGAGAGCACGGUGCUGGGGGAAGCAUCCUUGGGCCAGGCGACACCAUCAGCGACGACAACAGACGGGUCCUGGACUGGAUUGCUCAGGUCCUCAACGCGAACACCCGCGAGGCCGCCCUGCUGGAGCUUAGCAAGAAAAGGGAACAAGUGCCAGAAUUGGCGCUUAUUUUGUGGCAUUCGUUUGGUGGGUCUGAAGCCGUGGAUGAUAUGAGCGCACGUGCUAAUUGUGCAACGCAGGCGUUAUGACGUCCCUCCUUCAGGAGAUCAUCUCCGUCUACCCUCUCCUGAACCCAUCGCAGCUCACUGCCGCCGCUUCCAACCGCGUUUGCAAUGCGCUAGCGUUGCUACAGUGUGUUGCAUCGCACAGCGAAACAAGAGGCCUGUUUCUAAACGGUACGUACGUUUCCGAUGCCGACCAUACACACGCUAACACUACGCAGCUCACAUCCCACUAUUCUUAUACCCAUUCCUCAACACGACUUCAAAGUCGCGGCCGUUUGAGUACUUGCGCCUUACAUCGCUCGGGGUGAUUGGCGCGCUCGUCAAGAAUGACAGUUCGGAAGUCAUCAACUUCCUACUCACAACCGAAAUCAUUCCGCUGUGUCUUCGUAUCAUGGAGACUGGAUCGGAGCUGAGCAAGACGGUCGCCAUCUUCAUUGUUCAGAAGAUACUUCUCGACGACAUGGGCCUACAAUACAUUUGCCAGACCUACGAGAGAUUCUAUGCUGUGGGCACCGUUCUUUCGAACAUGGUCACUCAGCUGGUAGACCAGCAGACGGUGCGAUUACUUAAGCACGUUGUUCGAUGUUUUCUACGGUCCGUAUUCACCGUAUGA